UAUCUUAGCCAAGAGCAGCACCCAGCCCAUCGGGGCGAUGGGACAGGUUCCAGAGGUCCUAAGGAGGUACGGAAACUGGUCCCAGAUGUGUGCUCUUGGGAGCUGAAGGACGGAGAAGCUGGAGCAAGCAGUCCCCCCUCUGAAAUGUCUCCUGUGCAGACGAAGCUGUGACGCCAGGAGCAUCCCAGCCUUGGCGGCCAUGACCCCCUCCCCCUUCCCCACGCCCCGACCGCGCUCGCUUUAGGAGAGACUCGGCUCCUCAUCCAGACCAUCCGAGUCGCGGCGGAAGCCAUGCCCAGACUCCCGGGUGCCCCGUGAUGCCCCAGCCCAGCGUCUCCUCCUCCACGCUGGCAGGAUGUCGGCCGACUCCUCCACCAACGCCUCUUUUGCCAACAGCUCCGUGGCCCCGUGCCCGGACUACCGGGGCACGCAUCUUCUGCACAUGGUGGUCUACAGCCUGGUGCUGGCGGCCGGGCUGCCCCUCAACGCCCUGGCCCUGUGGGUGUUCCUGCGCGUGCUGCGCCUGCACUCGGUGGUCAGCGUGUACAUGUGCAACCUGGCGGCCAGCGACCUGCUCUUCACCCUGUCGCUGCCCUUGCGCCUGUCCUACUACGCGCUGCACCACUGGCCCUUCCCGGACCUGCUGUGCCAGGCGUCGGGCGCCGUCUUCCAGAUGAACAUGUACGGCAGCUGCCUCUUCCUCAUGCUCAUCAACCUGGACCGCUACGUGGCCGUCGUGCACCCGCUGCGGCUGCGGCACCUGCGGCGGCCCCGCGUGGCGCGGCGCCUGUGCCUGGCCGUGUGGGCGCUGCUGCUGCUGCUGGCCGUGCCCGCCGCGCGCGCGCACCGGCCCUCGCCCUGCGCCCGCCGCCGCGCCCCCGCGCGCCUCUGCUUCGAGAGCUUCAGCGACGAGCUGUGGAAGAGCCGGCUGCUGCCGCUCGUGCUGCUGGCCGAGACGCUCGGCUUCCUGCUGCCCGGCGCCGCCGUCGCCUACUCGUCGGCGCGCGUCUUCCGCGCGCUCGCGCGCCCCGGCGCCCCGCAGAGCCGCCGCCGGCGCAAGACGGUGCGCCUGCUGCUCGCCAGCCUCGCCAUCUUCCUGCUGUGCUUCGUGCCCUACAACGCCACGCUGGCCGUGUACGGGCUGCUGCGCGGCCAGCUCGUGCCCGCCACGCGGGCGGCCCGCGAGCAGGUGCGCGCCGUGCUCAUGGUCAUGGUGCUGCUGGCCAGCGCCAACUGCGUGCUGGACCCGAUCGUGUACUACUUCAGCGCCGAGGGCUUCCGGAACACCCUGCGGAGCCUGGGCACGCCCCUGCGCGCCGGCACCGCGGCCGCCGCCAACGGGUCGAGGGGCACCGAAGCGCCCUCGGAGGCCGUCCCCGCCAGUGGGCACGACGCCACCGGCCAGGAUCUGCCCCCAGCCCCCACUCCCGGGACGCCCUUCCUUCCGUGUUCCCUGGAUUCGGCCCUCUGA